CUCACAUUCCCUGCUGAAACCACUAGUGUGUUAUGACGACCCGGAGCAUUGAACAGCUCGGCCUCCAUCACCCUUUGGCUCGCAAUUUUAUUUGCUGCAAUGACAGGCACGACACCCGUUAUAAAGCUGCGCUGUUCAGUAUGAGCCGAUACAUCCACUGAACGCACGAAGCUCUCCCGUUCGUAUCUAGACCACACCAUCCUACCUCAACCUACUUCCGACACGCCAUGUCUUCUCCCAAGUUUAGAGUUGCUAUCGUUGGAGGUGGUGUCGGCGGUGUUACCCUAGCUGUCGCCUUGUCCAAGUAUCCGGACAUCGCCGUUGACGUGUAUGAACGCGCCUCGCAGUUCGCUGAAGUCGGCGCUGGUGUUGGCUUAUGGCCAAGACCCUUCAAGGUGCUCAAGAAGCUGGGACUGGGCGAUGCGCUACUGAAGAAGACUCCCGUACCGUACAUUGAAGACGAGUACGUGACCGCGAUGAACUUUCGAAGGAGCGAUCUAGAGGAGGGAGAGUACUUAUACACUAUGAAAUCGAAAGGUAACAUGAUCCAGGUUCACCGCGCCGACUUCCUCAGUGUCCUGGUGGACAACAUCUCGCCCUCCGUGAAGACGCAUAUGUCCAAGCGAAUUGUGUCUUAUACUCAGCCCUCUUCCGGUAACCCUUCGGAGCCCAUCACACUCACGUUUUACGAUGGCUCAACUGCGACAUGUGACAUCCUCGUCGGUGCCGACGGAGUCAAGUCUGCCAUCCGAAGAGGGAUGAUGCAAGACCUUUCUCGAGAUCCCGCCGCCCUCGAGAAGUGCAGCGCCGAAGAGUACCUCGCCUGCAUCGAGCCAGUGUUCAGCGGCACCGUAUCCUACCGCACGCUCAUCCAAGCGGACAAGAUUCGAGCUGUUGAUCCCAACCACCGCGCGCUCGACGGGGUUUGGUGUCCCUUGCAGUGCUUGGGCGAGAACAGGUCGGUCGGAACCUAUCCGAUAUCCAUGGGCAAAACUGUGAACUUCUCCUCGAUGGCGCUCGACAAGGAGCUCAUGGCCAACGCGUUCAACCCGGACCCGAGCCACCGCCAGACGUUCGAUGGCGAGUGGGUCAGGCACGCGUCGGCCAAGGAGUUCACUGAGGUAUUCAGGGGAAUGGAGAAAGACGUGCAGACCUUGCUCGAUUGCAUCGAAGAGGGAAAUAUCUGGGCUGUUAAUCUUGUCCGACACUUGCCGGUACAGGUCCACGGACGCGUUGCAUUACUGGGCGAUGCCGCUCACUCUAUGACGCCUUACCAAGGCUCAGGCGCAGGCCAAGCCGUCGAGGAUGCAUACGUGCUUGCCACGCUUCUCGGCCACCCAGGCACGACGCUCGCCACGGUCCCUCGAGCUUUGGCCGUUUAUGACGAAGUCCGCCGCCCGUUCGCGAUCGGUAUCGCCGAUGCAUCCCAAGAAGUAGGUCGGAUCUCGGGGCUGCAGAUGGACCUCCCGUCUUCCGAGAUUGGGCCAAAGAUCGCUGAGAUCACCAGCUGGGCAUGGGAGACCGAGAUUGAUGGUAUGCUGGAGGACGCGAAGAGGAUGCUCGAGGAGCGGGUAUAAGUAUCUCUGGCCAGUAUCGUCGAAUAUUCUUGUAGGUCCAACGAAUGUGGAUAUCACUGUGACCUUCAGCUGUUCGUCCUGAGGUAAUAUGUCAACCCUACAUCACAUCAACAA